UCCUAGCUUAACCUCGCACCCUCAGAAGUGAUCUUAACUUUUAUUUGUUCUGAACCUUGCUAUUUCUGAUUGAAUUUGAUGUUCCUUUGUUCUUUUCUUUUUUUUUUUUUAAAGACCUCAUGAAUAGUCACUAUCUGUUUACUUUUUAUAAAUGCUUGUGAUUCCCAUCAUAUUUACUCUGAGUUGUAAAGUCGCUUUAAAUGCAACAUGUCCUGCGCUGGAGUGUGGCACUCCUUUUGCCAGCAUCAUUAGCUGUGUGCUCUUUGUCCCAGGCUUAUUUUUUGAUUUUAAAAAGCUUACAUUCUCUUCUGUGUCAAAUGUAAAAUACGUAGCAUGAAGGCUCCGUUUGGCCAAUUUGCCAGUGUUCAGCCGCACACAAGUUUUUUUGUAGGGAACUUAAGUUUAGGAGACAUAUUUGGCAUUUUAGCUUACUAUUUCCAUGAAAAAAGAUGCUUAUAAAUGUUCUUCUUAGAAGGAACUUUACAGAGAUCUUGGAAAAACAAUGAAAUAUGUGGUUUGUAAUUAGUAGGAGUAAACUGAAUAUGCAGUUUGAUUUGCUUACAUGAUGAGGCUGUGAUUCUUUUGGAGUCCAAAGGGUUUUCACACAACUUGGUAUCGUGUAAAGAUACAUACCUUUAAAAGGAGGAAUCAGGGAUGCUUUAACUGGAUUUAUCAUUCAUCCUGCAAUGUGUUUAAUGUGCCUCUUCACAGAACCUCAUGUCUGAAGUACUGCCUUUUUUCCUUUAGCCAACAGUAAUGAAUAAGGUCUUGCCAGAAUCUAUAAAAGCAUUCACACUGAGGGAACAGGAACAACCAGUGAGAAUUGCACUCUUGUUAGGCAUCAGUAAUAUGUGCACGGGAGCUGAACCUCCAGGCAGAGCUCUGCAGAAAGCAAGCUUCCUCGAUUCUGCUGUUCACGUGGAACUCUGGGUGGUGGACUGCAUGGUUCUUGCUGUGCUGCUGAAAUGUUGCUUGGCUUGCUGAUUCCCCCAUCCUCCCCCUGCCCUGCUGCCACUCAGGCUAUUGCCAUGUGUUUUGUUUCUCUUGCAGGUAAAUGGCAGGACAGAAAGCAGUGUGAAAACUUUGAACGGCAGUGAGAAGUCAAAGUCUUUGUUUCUGGGCAAAGAAUGCAGACUAUAAAGUGUGUAGUUGUUGGAGACGGUGCUGUGGGAAAAACGUGUCUUCUCAUCAGCUAUACCACCAAUGCCUUCCCAGAAGAGUACAUCCCUACUGUGUUUGACAACUACAGUGCCCAAAUGACCGUUGAUGGCCGGACAGUUAGCCUGAAUCUCUGGGACACUGCAGGCCAGGAGGAAUAUGACCGCCUCCGCACGCUCUCGUAUCCUCAAACAAAUGUAUUCGUCAUCUGUUUCUCCAUUGGUAGCCCCUCUUCCUAUGCAAAUGUGAGGCACAAAUGGCAUCCUGAAGUUUCUCACCACUGUCCAAAUGUUCCCAUUCUUCUAGUGGGCACGAAGAGAGACUUGAGAAAUGACCUGGAAACAGUUAAAAAGUUGAAAGAGCAAAGUUUGGCUCCCACUACCCCGCAGCAGGGGACUUCGCUGGCUAAACAAAUUGGAGCAGUCAAAUAUUUGGAGUGCUCAGCGUUGAAUCAGGAGGGUGUUCGGGAGGUGUUUGCUGAAGCUGUGCGUGCAGUUCUGUAUCCUGUGACAAAGAAGAACACAAGAAAAUGUGUCUUAUUGUAGUUACCUUGGGUGAUGGAUGUUCGAAGUUGAAUAUUGACUAGAAUCUUGGAGGGCUUUUUAAUGAAUUAAAUUGAAGAUUUGCAUCUUGCACUAACAGCUCUAAGCAGAAAUGGUUUAUGCAACGAAAAUUCUUGCAGUCUUAUUGCUUCAGGGAAACUGAAACAGAACAGAUUUUUUUUUUUUUUUUUUACACAACUGAGAGGUCAAAUACCUACUUUAUUUCUAAAGUUCCAGUCUUCAGCUUCUCCACGGAUCACUUGGCUUCUGUCCUUAUUUAAUGGAGGAAAAUAAAAGACAGGAGUUCUUUGAAGCCAGACUUCUUUACUAGAUAGCUAUCAGUUACUAGACUUGCUGAAAAGCACAAAUUCUGAUAACUUUGCUUUAAGCAUAGCUGCUGCUUUUUCCAUCCCUUCUUUACUGAUGGAAUUUGUUUUAUGAACAGAAUUCUGACUGUCCAGUUGUUUUAAUUUGUCAAUUUAAAGCUUGAAAACAAUUUGUUUACAUGCGAAAAAGCCUGAAAUAUUACUGAGAUUCACCUUAUAGUGAACUGUGAUCAUUUUAUAUGAAGAGUUAGCAUAAGGCAUGUUCAAUGCAAUGAGGAAGACCCAGGGAACACCUGCAAUGAUUUUAUUAAUAGAAGCAGGAGCUGAUUUCUCCUAAUGCAAGGAACUUAGAAUAAUGAUGAAUCACUCAAAUGGGUGAUUUUCAUACUUUUGAAUUGGAGAGGUGGAAGAGUAGUUUAGAUGCAAGUCUUCCAUAAUAUUCUAAACUGAGUUUUUAUUUCACUCUCCAAUGAGACUUUGCACCUUGAGAAUAAACUCAACAGUUCUCUUCUUGGACCGACAGAGGUAGUUAGGAUGACACUUCUCAAAAUGAGAUUUUUGGUGUGAUCCCUUUGAAUCCCAGAGACCUGACAGCUGCCUGUUUGUUCUUGAGGAAUUAAUUGCUUCACUUCUUAAUGUUCUUGGGGCCACCACCUGAGAUUUUUACGUCAAAUUACUUUGUUGUUUUUCUAGAACACUGACAAAAUUUGGAGGUUCUAUUUAGAGGAACCAGGAACCCUUGCUUCUUCCUGGCAACUCACUGAUGGUUUCAGUUAAAUUUGUAACGGUUAGCCAGUCACUGGAUAGGUUUACUUGGGCAGUUUUCUCCUCUCUACUAGGUGAUCAGUUUUUAUAAACUCUUAACUGAAGUCCUAUUUAUGUACUUUUUAACUUUCUUUAGCAGCUCUAGUGAGUGGCAGCUGGCUUAUUUUCAGGAUGUGCGCUGUUCUUUAUGUGUGAUUCUGGGACCAGCUGAGGAGUGAGCGCAUGAAACCUUCCUUAGACUUAACCUUACAGCUUGCUGGUAUGAAAGCAGCAUGCUUCAAAGAUACUUUGUGUGAAACUGGUGGUGCUGGACUGGGCUUUGUUGUCUGAAGUUGACAGUGCUGUCUUUGUCCGGAUGCAGCCUCAAUUGGUAAUUCAGAACUUGCUUUCUUGUGAUUCCCACACAUGCAAAACUGCACUGGUGUAUGCCCUGGGCAGAAAAAAGUCUCAUUUUAGCAAGAUAACAGAAAAUACAUAAACAAGGUUAUUAGGGAUCUUGUGUUAAUUUGACCUUGCUUUAUCUGAUAC